AUGGCUACUCCAAAGACAGUGACGCAGGUGUAUGCCAGCGAGGAGAACACCAGCGAUGAACACGUGCCGGUCUAUACCACGGCUUUAGAUGCCGACUAUGAGGGCAAGCCGACCAAGGAGGAGUCUGCCACCCUUCGUCGUGUCCCCGGCAAGCUUCCAGCCGUCGCCUAUCUGUUGUGUUUGGCCGAAUUUUGCGAACGUGCUUCCUAUUUUGGAUGCCAAGGUCUUUACUCCAACUUCGUCAACCGGCCGAUGCCAGACGGUGGCAAUGGCUACGGAGCGCCCCCAAUUGGAACUCAGCAAACUCCAGGUGCUCUGGGAAUGGGACAAGCCAAGGCUAAUGCCGUCAACCAAUCUGUCAACUUCCUCGCCUACGCUCUCCCUCUUAUCACGGGUUAUCUCUCCGACACCCGAACCGGUCGCUUCUCCAUGGUCAUGGCAGGUAUCGCUGUGAUGGGUGUUGGACAUGUUAUCCUGGUUUCCUCGGGUGCAAAGUCCCUCCUCGAGAACGGAAACGCCAAGGUGCCUUUCUUCAUUGGUAUCUACAUCAUUUCCCUCGGGGCGGCCAUGUUCAAGCCAAAUGUUACUCCACUUCUGCUUGAUCAGAUGAAGACUCGGCUGCCAAAGGUCGUUACUCUUAAGACCGGGGAGCGCGUCAUUGAGGACCCAGAGCACGGUGCUGAGAGAGCGAUGCUGUGGUUCUAUCUCUUAAUUAACAUUGGAGGAUUCAUGCAGGUCGCCACCUCAUACUCGGAGAAGUAUGUUGGCUGGUGGCUGUCGUGGCUGCUGCCCUUGAUCCUCUACAUCCCCCUCCCUGUUAUCCUGCUACUCAUCAAGAAGAAGCUUGUCCUGCACAAGCCAGGAGGUUCUGACCUGCCCAAUGCCAUGCAUGUGCUUGGCCAGGCUCUGAAGAACGGCGGCAUCUGGCGGAUUGGACGCAAGGGAUUCUGGGAGCAUGCCAAACCUUCCUAUCGUGCUUCCCAGGGGCUCGCAGUCACGAGCAAGUACGACGAUCAGUUUGUUGAGGAUGUCAGACGCACAUUCCAGGCUACUGGCAUGUUCUGUCUUCUCCCAGUGCAGUCUUGGAACGACAACGGUUUGGCCAAUUCUGCUAGUUACUUGAGCACUAUGCUCAGGACUGAUGGCGCGCCUAAUGAUGUCCUGAACAACUUCAACCCCCUCGCUAUUAUCCUUUUCUCCCCCAUUCUGAAUUUCGGUCUCUACCCACUCCUUCGAUCGCUCAAGAUUCACUACGGUCCUAUCAAGCGUAUCUGCACCGGAUUCUUCAUCGCUAGUUUGGGAGGUAUUGCAUACUGCGUCCUCCAAUACUACGCCUACGAAUCCUCUCCCUGCGGCUACUAUGGUUCAUCCGAUCCCGCAUGCGUUGACCCUGGUUUGACCUCGGAUAUCUCUGUCUGGUGGAUGGGACUUCCCUACUCCAUUGGUGGUAUUUCCGAGCUCUUCGUCAAUGUUCCUGCCUACGGUAUUGCGUACUCUCGUGCUCCCAGGAAUAUGAAGGGCCUCGUUUCUGCCAUCAACUGUUUCAGCACGGCUCUCUCGUACGCAGUUAACCUGGCUUGCUCGAGUGCAGUAGCCGACCCGCUCCUGGUCUGGGAUUUCGGCGGUCCAGCUAUUGCUGGUUUCGCUACUACUCUCCUCUUUUGGGUUCUUUUCAGACACAUUGACAAGGAGGAAUACGUUCUCACCACUACCAUUGAUACUGAUGACAUUCCAGGGUAUAACGACCCCAAGAUCCAAAGUAUCAACAGCAAGGAGAACACAGUGCCCGAAAUUACCGAUCUUGGCAAGGAGAUCCAUUAA